CCUAAUGACCUGUUUUGAGGUAAUUACAGUUUUACCUGUGCUUGUGUAGUGUUCGACAUGCUUUUGCGGCGAGAGAAAAGUUUUCUGUUAAUAUUGGAAUUUACUUAAAUCAUAAGUGAUCAAUUGGUUAUAAGUCUUUAAAGAGACAAUAUGAAGUAAUAUAAGUGAACAAAAUUCCUUGGACAAGUAAUCGUGUUUGGAAAUACCUUCAUUAUUUGAUUAACAUCAACAAAAUAUUUGACAUUUUUGUAUUGUGCUAAUCAUGGCGGAUUUCUUUCUUUGUCUUUGGACGGCGUUGUUUUUUGUCAGGACGGUUUUAGCAUCCUCUGCUUAUUAUGUAGACAAUGGCAUCGGACAAACGGAGAAGGUUCAUGAGAUGAACUCUCGAGAUAAACGGGAGCUCCAGCAUGAGAUACUGACAUUACUUGGUCUACAUCAAAGACCAAAACCGAAAUCCAGCACCACCAAGGAUUCAGCGCCGACUUUUAUGUUGAGUCUGUAUAAUUCCAUCACAUCAGAUAACGGUGUAGUGAGAGAUGACAGUACUUUUCACACAAGUCAUAACGUGACGGUGGGGGAUAGUGUCGUCCAACCCAUAGAGGGGACCGAUGUUAUCAUUAGUUUUGUCAACAAAGCCAGAAGAGUUCCACACCUGCGGCAUGAAAAGGACAGGACCUUUUUCUUCGACUUCAGUGAUGUUACCCCUAAAGAAACCGUGGUGGGGGCAGAGCUAAGAAUUUAUAAAGAAAAAGCCAAAAGGUGGAAAAAGAACCAUGAUUUCCAAAUUCAGAUCUAUAUGAUAAGACAAGGAAUUGACAUGGAAGAUAAAAUCCUGGAGUCUAUCUCCAAUGUAACAGUGCAGGCGAGAACGGAGGGGUGGAUCACGUUUAACAUGACACGGGCGGCAGAACUGUGGUCCAUGCAGCCAGAGACCAACCUAGGACUGUUUAUGAAAGUCUUAUUUAUCAUUAAAGGUAGAGAAAUCGACCCCCAUAAACUGGGUAUCAUCAGCUAUAAAGGUUCGGAGGAUAAGAGGCCGUUUAUGGUGGGAUUUUUUUCCUCACAAGAAAUGGUGUACCCUCAUCGGACUCGAACCGCCCUUCGACGACGGCGGGAGCUGUACUCGUACAGAGAGGAAAAGGAGAAAUACCAGGACUACAACUUGUCUCGUCACAAACGGGGUGCAGGACGGUGGCCGUGUCAGCGACGAUCCUUAUACGUCAAGUUCCGAGAUCUUGGGUGGCAGAGCUGGAUUAUUGCCCCUGAUGGAUACCAUGCCUACUUCUGUGAGGGUGAAUGCUCGUUUCCCAUUGGAAAUCAUGUUAACGCCACAAAUCAUGCCAUUGUACAGACACUGGUGCACAUGUAUACCCCCUAUAAGGCCCCCAGCCCAGGGUGUGCCCCCUCAAAGCUGAGUGCCCAGUCCGUACUCUACUUUGAUGAUGACGGUAAUGUGGUGUUGAAGAAAUUUCCCAAGAUGAUCGUUACUUCCUGUGGAUGCCAUUGAGAAGUCCAGUGGCUUGUUACUGUGCUUAGUUCCCAAUGGAGUUUAGGAAGACAUUGUUGAAUUCCCCUUUUAGUCUGCCUGUCUAAAAUUUUGGCAAGAUUCAUUUUCCAGUUGGUAACUUUGUUAUAAAAGAGACAGUGCAAUGCUCUUUACUUGCUUUACAGGGUUUUGCUGUGACCUUGACAUAAAGCUGUUUGGAUUAGGUCAAGGUUGCCUAUAGACAAAUAUCUGCCGAGCAGGAAGUUUAUGUUCUUUCCAGCAGAGAAUGUUGUUUCAGAUCAGGGGAUUAGCAGUAUAUCUGUUCUACUUAGUUUCUUGUUGGUAUAUAGAUGUUUUGAUUUGUUUAAUUUAUUUUGUAAAAGCCAAAGAAUCUCAAUAACAUGAACCAUGAUUGCCUCAUGUUUCAAUUAUUAAUACUUGUGCCUUUCUCAUACAUAUCUGAACAAGUUUACAUGUCUAUAUAUAAUCAUUACAGAUUGUGUUUGUCCAUUAGUUGAUGUAAAAAUGCCAAGAAGCAUCAAGUGCCUCCACUUUUAUGAUUAGCUUUUUGCUGAUAAUUGAGAUCUGAAAAAUUUACAUUUUCUAUUAUGGUACAUGUAUUUUUUGUACUAUUGUAAAAUUACGCAACAUCAUUAUUUUCAUGUUUGGGGAUUUAGACUUUGAUAGAUCUGCAAUAUUUGGUCUUCCUUUAUUAAAUAAAAUGUAUACUGAAGUUUUCUACAUUAAAUCUUUGCAUAAAUGUUUAGAAAAUGUUAGGGAAAUUUAACUUAAAAAGAAAAAAGAAAUACCAAGUAUUUUAAUAGAGUAAAUUUUUGUGCCUUAAUUUGUAAUGUAUUAGUUUGAUUCAUGUUUUACUGAGUAUACAUUCAAAACUCUUUUUAGACAUGAAGAGAAUAGAGUUUUUGAGGCUGUAUUAAUUUUCUAACUUUGUCUAAAAACAGUACACACUAUUCUUGUUGUGCAAAUGUAAAAAUCUUGGUACUUGAUAGAUCUAUAAGAAAUUUUGUUCUUUGGUAACUCAAACUGUAUGAUUAUUUACUUAAAAAAGCAAGCUUAAUAUUGUAGUGGCUUAUGCACCAAAAGCAAAGCUCUUAUUCCUCAAUACAGCUAAGAAAUCAUCAUUAUGAAUAAAUAUGGUACAGAGUACAUCAGACAUGUGAAGCCCUAAUUCAUGAAUACGGCAAUAAGCCAACAACUCCAUAUCCAGUGAUUGUGCUAAAUUUUGAAUACACCAAAUUAUGUACACAAACAGUAUAUUAAUAAUGAAAAUCAGAGAUCUGAUAUGUUGAUAAAAUUAUCAUUGGUGGGGCUGUACAUUUGAUGGUAAGGGUGACCCAUGAAUAUUGGUCUAACAAAUUGGAGAUUGAUGCUACACAUGUAGGGUUUUCUUUGUAGCUAUAUUUUCAUAGAAAUGUAUACGUAGUUUACCAUGAUAAAGUGCUGUUGUAAAAUUAAUAUAUUAGUACAGGGGAAAAAACUAAAAAUAUCUUGACUAAUAACUGUGGUACAAAAGCAGAUUUUAAGAAAACACAAAUAUCAGAAAAAUUUAAAAGAGUUUACCAUUGUCAGGGCAUGAAAUGAUUUUACUAAGCAUGCCUAGAGUUAAAAUACUGUAAACCAAAUUUUAUUCGCGAUGAUUUUAUUUCAGAAUUUACCACGGAUAAACCAGUUUGCGACAAUUAAUUUUCAGGAUCAAGUCUUCUUGAAUCUUUUGAUAAUAAACACAAACACUUUAAGGACUGGUUCGCGGCGAGAAAUAUUCCCAAUGACGAGGCUCUCGCGAACUUCACGAAAAUUUCUCGCACACGAAUAAAAGUUGAUUUACAGUAAAUAGACUUGCCAUUUUGAACUAAAUGUUUGGCUUUAGUUACUUUGCUUUACUGUUACCAAAAAAAUACUGUCAACCAUUGAGUUCAAAUUUUUGUUUAUAUAUAUAUAUAUAUUUUUUUUUUUUUUGGGGGGGGGGGGGGUUCACCCUUUAUCAUAUCAGUUAUAGAUUUAUAUGGGUUGAUAUUCCUGUCUUACCAACUGCUGUGAAUUUUACAUUCUUGAUAUCAUGAAGAACUUAGUUUUGUGAUAGAAAUAACUUUAUUUUAUAGAACUGUGUUUAUAGAACAUUUUAAUUUACACAAAGAUUAUACAAAUAUGUAUUUUAUGUACAAAUGUUAAUUCUGCAAUAAAUAAUGUCUGAUUUGCUUGUUUGGUUAAUACAAGUCCCAAGCAAUAGGAUCUUCUUUGUUGAUAUCCUUUGUAAAUACAAUGCCUAUAGGAUCU